AUGAUGAAAUUCAUUGCUUUAGCAUUGAUUGCUUCAACAGUAUUGGCAGUCCAAAAGGAUACUAAAACAAUCUUGGCAGAAAUUGAUGCCGAUAACUUCGGAAACUCUAUUUUGUCAACAGUUCAAAUGUACCUGUAAGCAAAAGGAAAUGCAGAGGAAGUGUUGGUGUUAUUGAACCAAUUACUUGCUGGAUUAGUUGAUGAUCAAAACAAACAUGACAAUGUUAUCAGAGUUGACAGAUCUGCAUGCACAAGAAUAGUAACCGAUCUUGAAAAUUCAAUUGCUUAUCACACAGCUUAAGUAAGUGCAAACGCUUAAAUGAGAGAAGAUAAUGAGAAGGCAUUGGCUGAGGCUGAAAAUGAUGUCAGAUAAACUAUUCAAGACAUUGAGAGCAAUGAGAGAACAUUUGCUUAAGAGGAAGCAAAUAGAAACAAGGCUCACGAAACAUGGGUCAGAAAGAAUGGUGAACAUGAUGAUGCCAUUGCUGCAGUUGAUGAAGCCACCAAAUUAGUUCAACAUCUUUCAUUAGGUGCCACAUUCGCUGAACUUAAACCAAAAUUUGAAGCUGUUCAAAAGAGAUUGAUUGAAAACGAAAGCCACGGAGCAUUAUUCCAACCAAUCGUCACAGCCCUUACAGAACUCGCUUCCAAAGUUGAUUAAAAGGCCAUCCAAAGAAUCCUCCAAUUGCUUUCUUAACUCAGAUAACAAUUAGUAGAAGCCAGAUCAGUUUUGGAAGAAACUGAAAACAGAUAAGCUUAAAGAUGGGUCGAAUUCUCCACACAUUUGAGCAAUGAACACAAUAGAUUGGUCGAAAGAAAGAACUAAUUGGAAUAAGCCAUCCAAACAUUCAAAACCAACAUUGAUACAGCCACUCAUUUCUUUGAAGUCCAUACCUUGGAAUUAGAAUCAGCUUAAGAGACUCUUGAUGCAGAAAACGAAUGGUGCGCUUUAUAAGAGUAAACUUAUGCAACUCAAUCUUCUGAGAGAUAAAGACAAUAAGAAAUCGUUGAUAGAAUAUUAGAACACUUGACCGAUAAAUUAACCGCUACCUCAUAAUACCUUGGAGGAAGAUUCUGAUCAGAUAUCAUAUACAUAAAUAUAAUAUUAAUAUGGGAUUUCAAAAA